UAUCCAGUAUCCAAAAUACAGAACUAUUACAGAUGACUGAGGGUUAACUAAUCUACGUACGACGUAGCUGUUACCUUAAUUUUUAAGAGCACGUCAAGAUAAAUCCAUUCUCGCUUAGGGGGUGCGUAUUACACACUUCUCCUAUAGACGUUUGCGCGCGCUGCGAAGAAUGAAGGGGCAAUAAAUUGCAUCCUUAGUUAUGCAUACACUAACUUGUUUGUAAACUUUCGUUUGUAAACGUCUUGUAAGACGCAAUCUGAAUGUUGCGCUUCGUCCUAACUAAGCGACUAUUUCCCAUUUGGGUUUUAUGAUAAGCAAUAACUGAAGUAAAGUAUUUUGAAACUUAAUCUAUACAUGCAAUGAAAGUAAAUUCUUGUGUUUGCCUUGCUCUUACACAUUUCCUUCUUCGCUCAGCUGGGGUUUUGUUAAAUAUGAUUUUAAGUUUGCUGAGUUACAGUUACAUAAGUUACAGCAAAGCCCUAUCUGUUCGCGACAGCAACAAUGUUCAAUCGUCUGAUUGCUGGUACAGUGUAUCUCGAAUAUUGCAUGUACAAUAUCAAAGAAUUCAAAUUACAUGAUCGAAGCGAUAUUACAUAAUGUCAAAAAUGCACAUGCAAUAAAAACAUCAGUUUUCGAUAAUCUUACUAGAAUCACAUGUUCACUCCACACUCCAAAGCAUUAACAAUUUACCGAAUUACUGUAAUGCAAAUUUCAAUUGAACGUUAGGAUAUCUUCUUCGACAUCACUGCAGGUCAAUAUUGGAAACUUUUCCUAUUUUCAAUCGGGAUGUUCCAUUUUCACAUUUUGAUCUUAUGACAGAGAUUUGUUUAGCUUGAUAGUUGAAAUAUACCAGAACUUUCUUUUUGACAGGCAACUAAAUUAAAAAUUACCUAGAAGAUAGCUGAAAUGCACAAAUAGAAUUAGACAAACAAAACUUAGGGUGGAAUCCAUUUUGUAUUGCUUAAAUUGUAUCUAAUACUCGUAUGAUAACAUUUGUUGUUUUUCAGAAAUGUUUCUGUAAACAUUUGUAUUGAAGUAUACCGAAUUUGAUUGAAUAUUUAUUAAAGCAUGGUACACAGAUCACACUACUAUCGAUAUCGAUCGAGAUUCGAAUCCAUCACAUAUUAAAAGCAACGUAGCAUUCCGUUAUAACAAUUUAAACUCUAGUAUGGGAAUGAGUGGAGGAUGCGGUGAAUCUGGAGAUUCUAUAACAAUUGCCAGCCAAGGAAUAAUAGAUGACAUUAUUGAAAAGUAUAGUGAACACGAUAGCGAAUGUAGCAGUGUUACAAGCGAUAGUAUUCCAUUAAGUUCAGGUAAACAUCGCAUAAUGAGCAGUCGCCAUUGUUCAAAUUAUAAAGCAAUAAAUGAGGUUAGAGAAGACUAUGAAAGAAUGAAAAGAAAGCUGGAAAACUUAGAGAUUCUACCAAAAGACGUCACUGAAAUGGUUAUUUCACUGGAAACGGAACGCUAUCGUACCGAGCGUUUGGAGGAACAACUAAACGAUUUAACAGAACUGCAUCAGAAUGAAAUUGAAAAUUUGAAACAGGCGAUUGCUGAUCUAGAAGAAAAGGUUCAAUAUCAGAGCGAUGAACGAUUGAGAGACGUUUAUGAAAUAAUGGAGAACUGCCAAACUAGGAUCUCCAAAAUGGAACAUCUAUCGCAACAACAAUAUGUGACCGUGGAAGGAAUAGACAAUUCAAAUGCUAGGGCAGUGAUAGUGAAAUUAAUUAAUGUGGUUUUAACUGCUUUGCAAGUAAUUUUGUUAUUGGUAGCAACAGUAGCAGGAAUCGCAAUGCCAUUUUUAAGAACAAGGUAACGUAACAAACUAAUCCAAUUU